CGGGAGGGGGCGGGUGGGGAAAGAUCGCCGGCGAGAUCCCGAGGCGAGGCUCGCGCGCCCGCCCCCGCCCUGGCCCCCAGCGCCCACCCGGUCGGCCCGGCUCAGCCAUGAUCAAGGCGAUCCUCAUCUUCAACAACCACGGGAAGCCGAGGCUCUCCAAGUUCUACCAGCCCUACAGUGAAGAUACACAACAGCAAAUCAUCAGGGAGACAUUCCAUUUGGUAUCUAAGAGAGAUGAAAAUGUUUGUAAUUUCCUAGAAGGAGGAUUGUUAAUUGGAGGAUCUGACAACAAACUGAUUUAUAGACAUUAUGCAACAUUAUAUUUUGUCUUCUGUGUGGAUUCUUCAGAAAGUGAACUUGGCAUUUUAGAUCUAAUUCAAGUAUUUGUGGAAACAUUAGACAAGUGUUUUGAAAAUGUCUGUGAACUGGAUUUAAUUUUCCAUGUAGACAAGGUUCACAAUAUUCUUGCAGAAAUGGUGAUGGGGGGAAUGGUAUUGGAGACCAACAUGAAUGAGAUUGUUACUCAAAUUGAUGCACAAAAUAAACUGGAGAAAUCUGAGCAAAUAGUUUACACUGGCCUAUUUUGUAUCAGUCAAGAUUUUUCUCAGGCUGGCUUAGCGGGAGCUCCAGCCCGUGCUGUAUCAGCUGUAAAGAAUAUGAAUCUUCCUGAGAUCCCAAGAAAUAUUAACAUUGGUGACAUCAGUAUAAAAGUGCCAAACCUGCCCUCUUUUAAGUAAAAAACUAAAAAGGCCACUCCCAGGUAAAAUCCAGGGGGAAGAGUCAUCUAAGUUUACCAUGCAGUUGUUUACCAAAAAUAGAGGAGGAGAGUCUUAACUUUGGCUCUUGGAUUUAAGUCAAGGUACUGUAUAAAAGUUGUGUAAAAUCGGUAUGGAAGUUCAAUGUUGCUUUUCUUGCUCAGUGAUUUUGAAGAAAUUGGGUAGUUCCAGUGUGGUAUUUCUUUUUCUUUUCUAAACUGCAUUUCUGUGCCCACCUAAGGCAUGCCUCCAUGUAUUGGCUGCUACAAUAUUUCAAAAAGUGUUUGAGACAUUUCUUUAAGUUAUGUACAAUCCAAAAUGUUGGUGUUUUGUAUGGAUCACAAGUGCAGCAUUCCAUAAUUCUUUGUUAUUUGUCACAAUUGUUAUUUAAAGAACCAAGUAUGUAUUGCAUGAAAACAUUAUGACCUUUUCCUCUUAGUUUAAAUAAACUCCAAGGUAACUGGACUUCUAAAGCACCUUUCUGUUUGCCUGAUAUCUACUUUAGCAAUAAUUUUUUUACGACCCUCUGACUCAACAAAGUAAAUAAAAGUAUAUUUUAUCACU